AGGCCAAGAGGUCGCAAGAAAAAGAAUGUGCAGGAACAGCUAAGUGCCUCUCCACCAGUGAAACGCUGCAGGAAGAGUGCAACGUCCCCUGUCAAAUCUUCUGAGGGAGAGCCAUCCUUUGAGACGCAACCUCCAAGUAGACCUUGCAUUGAAUCCCAGGAGCCAGGGACACUGAAAUCAGCAGAUCAAACCAUGUCCUCUGACCUCUCCAUCGAGCUGAGCCUGCAGGAGGAGCCUCAUCCUCUUAACCACUCUGUCUUCAUGCAGGAGGAGGAGGAGGAAGAGGACCAGGAUGAUGAUGAAGAGGAGCUGCCCAGCUUUUUGCAGCAGGACAAUAAAAAGCCUUUGUCAAUCUCAGAGGGACUAUGCGUGUGGUGCAAACUGAGAAAAUAUCCCUACUGGCCAGCAGUGGUUAAAAGUGUGAAUCACAAGAGCAAAAAAGCCAGCAUUGUAUUUAUUGAUUGUUACCUAAUCGACCAAAAGAGAAUUAGAAAAGGGUUUUCUGUACCCCUGCGAAAUCUAAAACGUUUUAACUGUGAAGAGCAUGACAAUUUGGUGGACCUAGCAAAAGAGAAGUAUGGCAGUGCUAUUACCUGGUCUCUGGAACUGAUAUCGGACUAUAGGAUCCGCAUUGGAUGUGGAUCCUUCUCUGGUUCCUUCAUCGAAUAUUGUGCCGCUGACAUCAGUUGCCCAGUGCGGAGGAAGUACUCUGAGAAGAAAUCUGUACUGACCUUCCCCAGUCAGGAGAUUCUGGGCGAAGAGUGUGACAACUCCGAUAAUAACACGGAGGACAUCCUUUUGGAAGAGCAGGAUGAGCUCCUCUCCAAGAAAGUGCUGCCCGACCGAUCCAAGGCUGCACGGAACCGCGCCAAUGAGUUGUUGAUUGACUUUAUCAUCAGACAAAAAGUAGAAAACCGCUUACUGGCAGUCAUCAGCGGUCGCGAGACAUCUAAAUGGAUGCUAGCCCUCCAGAAGCCUUCUCGCCCAGUGGUUGAUGUCUAUCUGGAAGAUGAGGAGCAGGUUGAUAGGGUGUACCGCUACCUGAACAAAGUCUGCGAUACCGCCCCUCAAAUAAACACCUGCCUAGAAAACAUCCAGGUGGACCGGAUCCGGCUUAUUCUUGAUGUGCUCCUGCCUGAGGCUAUUAUCCAUGCCAUUGCUGGAGUCCACAAGCUUUCCCUGGAGAAGGCAGAGGAGAAGUAUCGCAGAGGGCCGUGCUUUAGUAACAGAGAAAGACAGGAGUUUGACAUGAUGAUUGAACAGCAGAUGAAGCUCAAGGAAAUCACACAGCGCCAUUGACUGUGACAUCCCCUCUGUUUCAAAGAAACAGUAACUUUUAUGAGCUUAAUUUAUACCAUUUAUUCCCAGGAAUAUUUUCUUAAAUGUUUUUUUGACAGCAUUAAUCAUAGUAUAUGGGAAAUGAAUGAUUUUCAUGGGAAACAAUUAUGGCUUUGACUAAAAGCUAAAAAUGUUAUUAUACAUUUUUUAUUGUCAGAUCUCUGAGACUUUGUGAGCUGAAUGGUGAAUCUCUGACAUCUUGAUGCUAAAAUCAACAAAAUACAGUGCUUUUAAUGUGUGCAGUGUGUGUAAUAAAUUAAUACCUUGUACAUAAAUACAACAUUUUAAAAACAA